AUGCCACCCGUUCGCACGGCAGCUCGCAAUCGCAAACCCCCACCAGCUGGGUUCGAUGAUAUCGAAGACACUCUGCUGGAAUUCGGCAAUAAAAUGAAGGAUGCGGAGAAUGCGUCUCAUGAGGGCAAGAAGAAACAUGAAGUUCUCUGGCCAAUCUUUCAGAUUAGUCACCAGCGCUCAAGAUACAUCUACGAUCUAUAUUAUGAAAAGGAAGCCAUUUCAAAACAAUUAUACGACUGGCUUUUGAAGAACAACUAUGCCGAUGCCAACCUGAUUGCGAAAUGGAAAAAACAGGGUUAUGAGAAGCUCUGCUGUCUCCGCUGCGUUCAGACCAAGGAAACCAAUUUCAAUUCAACAUGCAUUUGUCGUGUUCCCAAGGCUCAAUUGAAAGAUGAGCAAUCCAUUCAGUGUGUCAGCUGUGGGUGUCGUGGCUGCGCUAGCAGUGAUUAG